CGGCCCCGGCACGGCGCGGCACGGCACGGGGGUGGCGGGGAGCGGGGCGGGCAGCGCGGUGUCCCUUCCUCCCCUGAUGGCCCGGCACAGUAAGGGCUGACCCACGUCCGACACCGCACGGCACAGCGCGGCUCUGCCCGGCUGGCUCGGCACGGCACGGCGCAGGUCAGCACGGCACGGCAUGGUGCGGCUGUGGCGUGGCCUGGCCUGGUUUGGCACGGCACUGCAUGGCAAGGCACAGCUUAGUUUGGCACAACGCAGAACAGCACAGCUCGGUUUGGAGCAGCACGGCACGGCAUGGCACAGCUUCAUUUGGCACGGCACAGCUUGGUUUGGCGCAGCACGCCGCUCCAAGAGCCACAGGGCUCAGCGUGCGCCCACGGCGGUGGGCUGAGGGGUCACAGCCGCCCCUGCACGGCGCUCCACCACCGCCGCCGCGCUGUCCCCGCGCGGAGCGGCGCACAAGGGGACAUUUUGUGCGGGGACAACGGCGCUCUGUGCGCGGUGCCACCCGGCUCUGCCGCCCGCGAUCACACGGCGCUCGGUGACGCCGUGCCCUGUGCCUCAGUGGGGCUUUGUUGUGACCUCGAGGGGGGGACGAUGUGCGCUGGGGACCGGAGGGCUCUGACCGGACACGUGGCCCCGCGCUGGGAGCAGCCCCGACCUCGCAGCUCCUGAUUCACCAAAUACGGGCAGCGCAUCGAAGCCACGACGUUGGGGUUGCCAAAAAAAGGGAAAAAAAAGAGAAAGAAAAAGCAGCGCAACACAACACCUCUUUUGCUUACCUUGCUCUUCUGGCAGCGUCGGGGCGGGUGUGCGGGCACAGCGGGGGACAUCAACGCUGCUUUCUCUUUUGGUUUUGGUCCAAGCGAAGCACGCGCCAACGCCGGCAACGGCCGCACUCAGCAGCAGAGGAAGCGGCAGUGGGGGCAGAGCCGGGGGGAGUGGGACCCUGCGGGGGGGACGUGGUGAGGAUGGAGCGCGGAGGGGUCCCGGCGCUGCGGUGGCUGCUGCUGGCGUUGGCGCUGCCGGCGCGGGGCGGUACCUCCGAUCCCCCCCCCGGGCUCUCCUGCUUCAGGCGCUGCAGCUCCGGCCCCUUCACCUGCUCCUGGCCACCCCAGGGCCCCGCCGGCAGCACCACCUACGUCCUGGUGUUCUGCUAUGUGAGCCCACAGCUGUGCCAGCAGCACGAUGCGGGCACCACCACGGUGCACACCCUGAAGCAGCGCAAAGUUUAUGUCCGUACCAACGUCACGGCCUGGGUGGAGGCACACUGGGAACAGCACCUGGAGCGCAGCCCCAACAUCACGCUGCACCUCGACGAGGCCGGUGAGUGCUGGGGACCGGGCAGGGCAGCCGGCUGCAAUGGUCACCACAGCUGUGCUGUCCCUGCAGUGAAGCUGGAUCCCCCUUCCCACGGGACACCCUUCACUAAGGCCAAUGGGCGCCUGCAGCUGUGGCUGCCACGGCCACAGUGUCACCACGAGGAGCGGCCGCCACCACACAGGGAGGCUCGAUUCCGCCGGGUGGGUGAUCACAGCUGGAUGCAGGUGAUGUGUGAGACAGGGAAGGGUGAGGAUGGAGAGGAUGACCCAGUGACCUGCGAGCUGGGGGGAACCGCUGCCUUCGAGGUGCAGCUCCGGCACAGGACGCAGCACUGGAGCAGCCACUGGAGCGACUGGAGCACAUCCAUCUUCGUCCCUGAGGGUGAGUGUGAUGCCAGGAACGACCUCACAUCCCUGCACCUGGCUGGCACACACCUGGGUGAGAGCAUCGCUCCUCUCACAGAGAUCCUGGAGAGCCCCGCGCUGAGCUUCAGGCUGGGACACCUCGGGAGAAAUGGGCAGAGGCUGUUGCAGCUGGGCUGGCAGCGCGCCCGCACGGCACAGGGGGACGUCACCUACACACUGCGUGCCCACAUGCCGGAGUGCAGCUGUGCCGAGGAGGACGAGGUGGUGCUGGGGCCAGAGGAGACAGAGUACAACCUCACAAUCUGCGGGGCUGCAUACGAGAUCGUGCUGACAGCCACCAACGCUGCAGGAACCAGCCCUGCACGGCAGCUGCAAGUGCCGGCGGAGCAGCACACGGAGCUCAGCUUCCAGAACAUCAGCUCGGUGGGCACCAUGGUGACCGCACGCUGGGAGGCACCAACGCGAGGCUUCACCUUCUGCUCUGAGCGGCAGCGGAUACCGGGAGACCCACGGCCGGGACGCUGCGUGCAGGAGGAGUUUCUCGCACGCAGCUCCCAUUGGCAGGCAGGGCCGCUGGAAGCGCCGGCGUGUUACCGGCUCGCCGUACACGGCCGCGGUGCAGAGCAGGACUGGGCCACCUUCGCUCUGCAGCAUCACUUCGUCGGCAACACCUCACUGGCCGCCUCUGUCCGCAUCAACGCCAGCGCCGAUGCCGCCGUGCUGCUCUGGGAGCCGUCUCCACGUGCUGCUUGUCCCGGGGCGCUGCUGGGGUACCGCGUGUGCCACGCGGCUGAAGGGGACAACGUGACGUAUGGCGACGUGGACGCAUCAGCAUCGCAGUACGCACUGCGAGACCUGAAACCGGGCACCGCCUACAGGGUGGGCAUCCAGGAGGUGGCAGCGGGAGGCAGGGGCACCUGCAGUGCCCGGUGGCACUUCCAGACCACGGCACUGGGUGUCGGAACGGCGGUGUGGAGCUCCAACCUGAAGUACCUGGGCAUCUCACUGGGGCUCCCAGCUGCCGCCCUCAUCUACCAGCUGAGCAAGAAGAGGCUCCACGGGAUGCUCUUCCCCCCCCUGCCCAAACCUACAGGCAGUGAAGCCCUCCGGUUCUCAGCCAGCGAGAUGAGCCAGAACAAGCCCUGGAAAAGCUUCCUGGAGCCCUCGGAGCAGCUCAGCCCCGAGGAGUUGCUGGUGAUGGAGCUGAGCCCUGAAAAGGAGGCAGCCACCAGCACACAGCCUCUCACACCACAGCUCAGCCCCAAAGAACCGAUGGAGCCACUGCAGCCACACUGCAAGAUGGAGCUGCCCUUCGCAUACCGGCGACAGGAGGUGCUGGACCCAGAGCCAGUGGGGUCAGGGGGGGUCCCCACCUGUGGCCCCACAGCUGCAGAGGACGGUGCAGGGAGCUGGGGGCCGAGCCAGGUGCUGCCACCUCUUGUGCAGCUCAAACCCAUCACUCCACAGGAUCAGGAGGGUGUGGGGCUGCUGCAGGAGAAGGCGGUGCCUUAGGGAUCCCAGGGAUGGGGGACAAAGCGGGUCCCUCAGACAGCGAGGGGGUGAUGCUGAGGGUCUGGGAGGGCUGAUGCUGAGAAUCCAGGUAGGAUGCUGACUGCCCUCGCCAAGGUCUGGUCCUGUGGGCACUUUCUGGGGUGUUUCUGAUUUCCAGGAACACUGCUGCACUGCACAGGGCCAGGACCCAGUGAGGCACAGUGCAGCUCAAAGUAAUGAGAGCAGGGGGCUGUGGGCUCAGCUCCCCGUAUGGGGGUGGGGAUGUUUCCUUGGACACGAGGAAGCUGCUUUGGGAGCACAUCAGAGUGAAAGCUGCAUCCCUGCCCCCGUGGGAUGGGGGCACAGCCAAGCCCAGCGCCAAGCACUGAAAUACCAGAGUGUAAAAGUAAAGAAAACCAAACAGCAGCACCCCCAUGCCCUCCUUGUCCCACCCUGGUCGGGGAACUCCGGGGUUUGGUGUUGGGACCCCGAGCAGUGGGGUGAGACACGUGGGGCUGCGGAGGCCGCGCCGUGCGCCGUAUCUGGGACAGAACCUUCGGCAGUGGUUUGUGGUCCGUCUGCCCCACACGGGGGUGUAGGCGGCCUCCGGUGUGUGCUGAGGGAGCAAAAAUUAACGCUGAGGAAACAGAAACGGGUUUAAGAGGCAAGAGGGAGAUGUGGGCAGAGGCAGCGUCCCCCCGUUCCGCCACACGAGGGGUUUCCCCUCCUUCUCCGGGCUGCUGCUCGGAGCACCCCGGGCUGCGGAGGUCCCCGCGUUUUGGGGCGCUCCGUCGUGUCCGCUGUCACCGCGUCGGAGCCACAAACGGGACCACGAGGUGGCAGCAGCCCCGCGCUCCCCUCCGGCAGCCUCACACCGCCAUCCUCGCACAAAACGACCCCAACUGAACCCCCACCGCGGACAUCACAACCCCGCGGGGUUUUGGGGCAGCACAGCGCAUCCCCCCGCACAGCGCUGACCCUUCCCCGGCCCUAAUGCAGCGCUGCAGCCCCGCUCCGUCCCCUCCAAACCCAAAGCGGAGGGGCCGAAGAGGAGGACGGGCAGCCAGCAGCCUCCCGGCCCCCACGGCGCUUCUUUUUAGGGCUUUGGUUGCGACGGACCCAACUCGCGGCGCACCCGACGGCGGUGCUCAGCGCUGCUCGCAGAGGAAGUGCUGCGUUACGGGAGUGCAGCGCUCGGGUUGCAGCCCGGCCGCUGUUUACAGCCCAGCUUUUGGGGUCACGGCUCGGGCCGAGCACAUGGCCCGGCACGGGGCCAGGACACGGGCACCGCGAUCCGACAGCGAGACUGUGGCAGGACAGCAAGUCCCCGGCACCGUCUGAAAAACACCCCAAGGGGGGGCGGUGGGGGCAGGGGUUCUCUCCGUGCCUGCGGGGUCACCAUCCCGCCGUGUCCCUUUGGGGACAGCCCCGUCCCCAGCGGCACGGUGACCCCGUGCACCCACAGAGCCCGUAGGCACAGCGCAAGGGAAAAUUAAUGAAGUCUCGCGCGAUGCCAAUUAGCACGAAUGAGCGGCUCAAGGUUCCCUAAUGAGU